GCGAGGCGAGCCCCGGGCGAGUGCACAGCGAGGCGGGCGGCAGGGAGGGAGGCGCGAAGAGGGCGCGAGGGUGGCAGCCGGAGGGAGCCGCCGCCCCUGGCCGCCCGGGUCCCCGCGGGGCUCAUGGGGCGCUUCGAGCCGGGAUCGCGCGCGGGCCCCGCGCCCAGUUCCCUGCUGCCGUGAGAAGCCUCGCCGGACGCCCCCAGGACCCCAAGCUGCCGGGAGGAUGACCAUGGCCGGGGGCAGGAGAGGACUGGUGGCCCCGCAGAACACGUUUCUGGAGAAUAUUGUCCGGCGGUCCAGUGAUACUAAUUUUGUGUUGGGGAAUGCCCAGAUAGUGGACUGGCCUAUCGUGUACAGCAAUGAUGGAUUUUGCAAGCUGUCUGGCUAUCACAGGGCGGAAGUGAUGCAAAAAAGCAGUACCUGCAGUUUCAUGUAUGGGGAGCUGACUGAUAAAGACACAAUUGAAAAGGUUCGACAAACAUUUGAGAACUAUGAGAUGAAUUCCUUUGAAAUUUUGAUGUACAAGAAGAACAGGACACCUGUGUGGUUCUUUGUGAAAAUUGCUCCAAUUCGAAAUGAACAGGAUAAAGUGGUUUUAUUUCUUUGCACUUUCAGUGACAUAACAGCUUUCAAACAGCCCAUUGAGGAUGAUUCAUGUAAAGGCUGGGGGAAGUUUGCUCGGCUGACCAGAGCACUGACGAGCAGCAGGGGGGUCCUGCAGCAGCUGGCUCCCAGCGUGCAGAAAGGCGAGAACGUCCACAAGCAUUCCCGCCUGGCUGAGGUUCUACAGCUGGGCUCAGACAUCCUUCCCCAGUACAAGCAAGAGGCACCAAAGACUCCCCCUCACAUCAUCUUACAUUACUGUGUUUUUAAGACCACGUGGGAUUGGAUCAUCUUGAUCUUAACCUUCUACACAGCUAUCCUGGUCCCUUACAAUGUCUCCUUUAAAACCAGGCAGAACAACGUGGCCUGGCUGGUUGUGGAUAGCAUCGUGGAUGUGAUCUUUUUGGUGGACAUUGUGCUGAAUUUUCAUACUACUUUUGUUGGACCAGCUGGGGAGGUGAUUUCUGACCCCAAACUCAUCCGCAUGAACUACCUGAAGACGUGGUUUGUGAUUGACCUUCUGUCCUGUUUGCCAUAUGAUGUCAUCAACGCUUUUGAGAACGUGGAUGAGGUUAGUGCCUUUAUGGGUGAUCCAGGGAAGAUUGGUUUUGCUGAUCAGAUUCCACCACCCCUGGAGGGGAGAGAGAGUCAGGGCAUCAGCAGCCUAUUCAGCUCACUGAAGGUUGUCCGGCUGCUACGUCUUGGGCGAGUGGCCCGUAAGCUGGACCACUACAUUGAAUACGGAGCCGCUGUGCUGGUGCUGCUGGUGUGUGUGUUUGGGCUGGCUGCUCACUGGAUGGCCUGCAUCUGGUACAGCAUUGGGGACUACGAGAUCUUUGAUGAAGACACCAAGACCAUCCGCAACAACAGCUGGCUCUACCAACUGGCAAUGGACAUUGGCACCCCUUACCAGUUUAAUGGAUCUGGCUCAGGGAAGUGGGAAGGUGGUCCCAGCAAGAAUUCCGUCUACAUCUCCUCGUUGUAUUUCACUAUGACCAGCCUUACCAGCGUGGGCUUUGGAAACAUUGCCCCAUCCACAGACAUCGAGAAAAUCUUUGCAGUGGCCAUCAUGAUGAUUGGCUCACUUCUCUAUGCCACCAUCUUUGGGAACGUGACGACCAUUUUCCAGCAGAUGUACGCCAACACCAACCGGUACCAUGAGAUGCUCAACAGUGUUCGGGACUUCCUGAAGCUCUACCAGGUGCCAAAGGGCUUGAGUGAGCGAGUCAUGGAUUAUAUCGUGUCUACCUGGUCCAUGUCCAGAGGCAUCGACACAGAGAAGGUUCUGCAGAUCUGCCCCAAGGACAUGAGAGCUGACAUCUGCGUGCACCUGAAUCGCAAGGUGUUCAAGGAGCACCCAGCUUUCCGGUUGGCCAGUGAUGGCUGCCUGCGGGCACUGGCCAUGGAGUUUCAGACAGUGCACUGCGCCCCAGGGGACCUUAUCUACCAUGCAGGAGAGAGUGUUGACAGCCUCUGCUUCGUGGUCUCCGGCUCCCUGGAGGUGAUCCAGGAUGAUGAGGUGGUGGCUAUUCUAGGGAAAGGAGACGUGUUUGGAGAUGUGUUCUGGAAGGAAGCCACCCUUGCCCAGUCCUGUGCCAAUGUUAGGGCCUUGACCUACUGUGACCUGCAUGUGAUCAAACGGGAUGCCCUGCAGAAAGUGCUAGAAUUCUACACAGCCUUUUCCCACUCCUUCUCCCGGAACCUCAUUCUCACCUACAACUUGAGGAAGAGGAUCGUGUUCCGGAAGAUCAGCGACGUGAAGCGGGAGGAGGAAGAGCGCAUGAAACGCAAGAAUGAGGCCCCCCUGAUCUUGCCCCCGGACCACCCUGUCCGGAGACUCUUCCAGAGGUUCCGACAGCAGAAGGAGGCCCGGCUGGCUGCGGAGAGGGGCGGCCGCGACCUGGAAGACCAGGACGUGGAGAAGGGCGGUGCCAUCCCCGAGCACGCGGCCAACCACAGCCUGGUGAAGGCCAGUGUGGUCACCGUGCGUGAGAGCCCCGCCACGCCCGUGGCCUUCCAGGCAGCCUCCGCGGCGGCAGUGUCGGACCAUGGCCGGCUGCACGCGCCCGGCGCUGAGUGCCUGGGCCCCAGGGCAGCGGGGGGCGACUGCGCCAGGCGCAAAGGCUGGGCCCGCUUCAAGGAUGCCUGCGGCAAGGGCGAGGACUGGAGCCAGGUGGCCAAGGCUGAGUCCAUGGAGACGCUCCCCGACAGGACCAAGGCGUCCGGAGAGGCCACCCUCAAGAAGACAGACUCCUGUGACAGCGGCAUCACCAAGAGCGAUCUGCGUCUGGACAACGUCGGUGAGGCCAGGAGCCCUCAGGACCGGAGCCCCAUCCUGGCGGAGGUCAAGCAUUCUUUCUACCCCAUCCCCGAGCAGACGCUGCAGGCCACGGUCCUGGAAGUGAAGCACGAGUUGAAGGAGGACAUCAAGGCCUUGAACACCAAAAUGACAAAUCUUGAGAAACAGCUCUCUGAGAUACUCAGGAUAUUAACUUCCAGAAGAUCCUCUCAGUCUCCCCAGGAGCUCUUUGAAAUAUCGAGGCCCCAGUCCCCAGAAUCAGAGAGAGACAUUUUCGGAGCAAGCUGAGUGGUCUAAAAAAAGAGUCAAAGACCAAAACCCACCGCCCUUCCCUGGACACCAUCCCCACCACACACACCUACAUGACCAACAACUUCCAAAGUAGGCUUUCCUGACAGAAAAUCAAAGUGGGACCAGUCGCUUAGGCACGCGCGCUCUUUCUCUAUCUGGGCACAGAUACGGGAAGAGGUGUGUGUUACCACCCUGCUAGAUGACAGCUGUUUUCCAGCUGACUGCACAAUUUUGGAAGAGGGGGCAUGCCGAGGGUAUUUUCCUUCAUUUUUAAUUUUUUUACUGCCACGAUAUUUGUAAAAGAUGACAACCCACCAGAAAAGAAGAGCAGCUAUUUGGGGAAUGGUGGGAAAGCAUUGGAGAACCCCUCAUGUAUAUACCAGACUGGGAUCCUUCACCAAGACCCCAAAGACUGCGGUGGGCACAGGGAUUUCCCAGCAUUCCCUGUCCUUGUACAGCCCAUGUCUGCUGUCACCUUAUAUUUGCCCACAGUCAUCAUUUGUAACAAGCUCGGGACAAGGGGAGUUUGAGGGCCAGGGAGGUUAGGGCCUUGUGACUUUCUGUCUUUAAGGCCGGAAAGCAGGGAGGUGCUCUGGGUGCCUCCUCGGCUCUCCUUUCCCAAGUGUAAGAGCUGCACGGGGCCCUUCAGGAGGCAGAGAAUCUCUGGGCUGUAGUCGGCGGCCUGCUGUCACAGGAGAGGCCUCAGAUGAACCUCUGGCCCUGCUCCAUGCCACUGGCCUCAUUGUAUGGGCCCCUUUGCUUCUUUUCCUUCUCGGCCUCUUCCCAAGCGUUCCUGUGGCAUUUCUCAGGGUGUGGGGCACCGGCAGGAAGGGUGAUGAGCCCAGAGUUGCUUUACUAGCAAAGCAGACACACAGACACACACAUACAACCUCAGAAAAACGAUUGUAGCAAGUCCUCUGUUUAUAUUAUGAUUCUCACCGGGAUUGAUGGCCCUUCAGCAGUUUGCAUUAUGUCCAUUGCAUGGGGUUGUUAUAGGAUACUUGGGAGCCAUGCCUGGCCUUAUUUUAAAAUUAACCUCUCUUUCUUUUACUAAAGUCAGUAGGAUUUCAAGAAAAACCGCGAAGACGUCAGGGUCACGGUUGUACUUGCUUCAGGAGCAGAAGGAGAAUGAGGUGGCAGGUUCUCAAGCUGUGUGAGGUGAUGGACAGAGAUGGCCAUGGAGCUGUGGGCCCAGAGAAGGUCUGAGCUCAGAGGGACAGUCACAGAGCCACCUGUGGGUCAUCCAGGUCCCUAUGCCAUGAUGCUUGGGGACACUCCACGGCCUCCUAGUCACCUGGGGUCAGAUUAUUCACAUGCUCCUUUCAAUGGCAUCGGAGAAAGGAAAGAGGGCCCUCCCAGGCAGAGUGGAACUAGCUCAGGGGUUAUGCCCUGCCCUAACAAGCAGGGUUGGAAGUUCAGCUCUAAGAACUAGCUUGGAGAGAGUAGAAUUAGGACCUGGACUAUUGGUGACAGCAGGGACCCAGCCAGGGCGCUGGCUUUCUGCAUGUGUCACACUGCAGCACCCUCACCCUUAGCGCUUGGUGUAGCUUAGCUAUACAAAUCCAGAACCGGUGUUAAUCCCCUCAGUACCGAAGGGGACCUGCCAGGCUGGCACUUGCCCUACCAAAGAUAGAAUUUCUGAAGGCCUCCUGUCUGGGCCCAUCCCUUCCCUCGCCCCUUUGGUCCUGUUUGGUGGCCAUGGCAGGUCCCAGGACUUGGCCCUCAGUUGUCUGGGCAAAAUGGGGCUGUCCUCUCCUGGCUGCCAGCAUUGGUGCAGAUGGCCCUGGGGAACAGAGUCCAGGGGGUCAAGGGAAGGGCCCUUCCCCAGGGGUCCCCGUACACUUAUGCAGCUUCUCCUGGGAGGCUUACCGGGUGGCCGCUGGCUUCCUGAGGCUGCAGCAUUAUUAGAUUUAGCCUCAGACGGCAGCAUACAAAUAGGAAGUGUAACUUCCCAAGGCCAAGUCUUAACUGUUUGUGACUCUAGAUAAAGCACUGAGACUUUCAGUCUCUUUGAGAAGCUGCCAACUAGUCCAGAGGCUAUAAAAUAUCUGGAAUCCCAUCUGCCCCCAGAAUGUUCUAGUUUGCUGUUCCUUAAAUGUGCUCAUUAGCCUGCUUCUAAAGUUUAGUACCCACUACUUUUAAGUCAGGGCAAGGGCCCUGGAUGACUCUAUCAUCCAGCUUUAGAAGCAUGUGCCCAGCUCUCUGUGGGCUUGGUGACAGGCUCCUGUCCAGCACCCUGCAGGCCACUGGAGAGGGGCCGUUUCCUUCCCCACUAGCUCUGAGGGGACAGGUGUUUAUUAAGAAAUGACUCCCCAUCUGGGUCUGAGGGGCAAAGAUGCUAAUAUGCCAGGCUUGGAAGCCAGACCUGUUUUGGGGGGAAAACAAAGCUUCAUGAAUGUACUCCUGGACUGACUCCUAGGACAUGAAUCGGGCUAAUGACCAGAAAAGCCUGGAUCUGCGGUGGGAAUGUGCUCAUCUCAGGGCCGCAGGGCCCACAUGUGUGCCUGUGGUGACAAAUCCCCACAGUGUGGCCUGUACACGCUUUUAGUCUUCUAGACUCCACUUAGGGACUUUUGCUUUGUUUCCUCUGAAAAAAUUAGUUUCUAAAAUGAGCCAAACCUUCUCUCCUUCCACGUUUAUGACACGCACUUGGCCAUGGACCACUUCGUGCCAACUACCUACUCUUGCCUGGACGCUGCUCUGGCUUCCUGAGCAAGGACCACAAGCUUCAGAUACUGACUGAAUCUUCCACUGUCUGGUGGCUGAAUAGAGGUUAGGGAAACACAGAAUUACUAGGUGUUGGACUUAACAUUUAGACUUUAGAAGUUAUGUUGAGAUAUUUACCUGUUUUUUGUUUUUUUCCUUCUUGAGGGAAGGGGACAUGAUGUAUUACACCAUUGCCCAGUACUUGCCAGUUACUUGAUCUCGUACUUAAACUCCUUACCUCGGAUGUUAUUUGUAGGGUGGCUCCACUUCCCAGAGAGUGUCCUGAUGGGCUGCUUUUGGAGCAAGAGGUCUUGCCCCAGCACUUGGCUGCUUGUUGAACUUGUUCUCCCCCACCAAUGGGGGAGUGGGAGCGAGGGCUGGGUCUAUGAAAUAUGACAGCCAACGAGACGGAGUGCCUGUUCUCUGUGGAGGAUGGGACCCCGGCACUGAGUGCUGCUGUCCGGUGCACCUGCAAAGGCUCCUCCAGUGACUAUGCCAGGAAUCCCCUAGAAAGGAGAGGGAGGCAGCCCUCUGGUUGAGAAGGUCUGGUCUAGUGCACAGUUUUGACAUCUGCACCUCCAUCCAUCCCAUUCACUCAUGCUUAGACCUCCCGGCUUGGUUCUAAGACGAUUCCUUAUAUUCUCAACCUCAGAGUCCAUCUGUGUGCAGACAGUUUGCAGCCAGUAUAGUAGGCAACCAGUGGCCUACAAAAAAACAAAAACAAAAAAAACAGAUGCUAUGACAGCAUGGGCCCAAGGGUUCCAAAGCUGUUUCCGUUUCUCGUUAUCCAAUCCCUGGGCCUGUUUUACCCUCCACCCUCUAGAUCUGUGUGGUGUUGCUGGCCAAACAUCAGGCCCUUUUCUGGAAUCUUCUUUCAGAAGCAGAGCUAGCAUGGCUUAGAGUAAAAAUGCACUCCACCACCACACCCCAUCCAGCAACUUCCCCUCCAAAUCCUUCGGUGGAAGGUGAAAUAGGCCAAGUGUCAGAAUUUUUGUUGAAGCCUCUGUAGGGACUAAAAGAAUGCCUUAGGAGCACCCAGUGUAGGGAGAGCCUCAUCUCCCCUUGUUGCACUGACCACCAAAUGGCACAUGCACUCUCUGGAAAAUUGUAGGAGUCCUGGUGGAGAUACAAAUUGCUGUGCGUUUGAUGAGUAGAUUGUACAAUGUUUUGCAAUAAAGAUGUUUAGCCUUAAGACCCUCGAAUGGAACUCCAGCUGUGACGGAGCUGCCGACACCCUCCUUCUCCUCCCUCCUCACAUCGUGUUGCUUUAAGAGGAACCCACUGAGGGCACACUCAGACCCCGGGGUAGCCUCUCUUCUGUCACUAAAUCGUUGUACUGCCUUCUUGCUCGCUUCGAUACAAAUACCUUCACCAGCUCUUGUGCCCUCCAGCUGGGGGAUUUCUCUGUCCCCUUAGCACCAACCGCAGCCAUCAAAGAAAGCACCAUUUUCUCACCCAAGGUAUUCAUGUUGAGAAGUGUUGACUUCCACUCCCUCUGAUACACAGUUCAAAAGAAUCAAUGUGAAUGUGCAGCUUAAAUUAGUUUCAAGUGAAACUUCAUUCUCAUGUGAGCAAGUCACACUUACUCUGGAACCUCUAGAACUGGACUUGAACGCCCUGCAGGUGCCAGGCCCCAUGGGUGCCCUCUCAGCCCCACCAUUAAACUUUUCUUAGAGCCAUUGUCUCUUUAUCUGGGACUUCAGAGCCGGUCAACGGAUCAAGGAGCUAUUUAAUGAGAAGUUCACAGAUCUUGUAUCAGGAUAUGAACAAUGAGAAAGAUCUUAAGAUGCACCCUGCCCCAAUGAAUGUAAUCUCUUAAAAUUCAGACAUUGUACUUGUGCAUCGGUUGGAGACUGCCCACAUCUGACGUUUCACCAAUGCUGUAAGGACACUUCUACUCCUGAGCAAGUUUGUCAGCCUGGGGCUUCUCCUUAUAUUGACGCUCUUUUUACUGAGUUCCGCCAAAUCCUUCACUGGGUUUUUCUUUUUCCUUUGCAUCUGCCACUUUGUCCGAAUGAGCAUGAACAGACAGAAGUACAAAUGAGCUGAUACUAUUUUUAUGGUCAGUUGAGGAUGCUGCCAGAAACUCCACUGUAUGUGUGCCGCUUGGGAAUGUUAAAAGGAACAUGUGGGCCCCUCCAUUGAUAAUAUUCCCUUCUCAACAUUUUUAAACAAGCACAAAUGAUAUUUGUAAAAAAAAAAAAAGUUUAAUUUUAUUUAUUAUGGUAAUAAACUAUUUUAUACAUGA